AGUUAGCUAAGCUCGUGAUGAAAGAGAAAGCUAGAGAACGUGUAGGUGACUGCCUGCCUCUGGUAAUCGCAACGCACUGAGUAUUGUACAAAAGAAGUUUGAGCUCGUCAUCCUUAUCCAUCUUCAGAGAUUGUACGCAUUUUCUUUCUCAAUUCAAGACGAUGAUGCUGUUGCCGUGCAUUCUACUGGCCAUGGUGGCUGUGAGCGUGGCAUCGCCGUACGACCCGAACGACCCCCUCCUGGACACGGUGCUGCCGAAAAAAGACACCGACUUCGAGGCGUUCUACUCACGGCAGGCGUACGGCGUGGCGACAGGCUCGUCACGGCCCGCUCACGGUCACGCCACCUUCUACCAGCACCGACAUCCGGCACUCAUCGACACCAACAACUCGCCUGCCUACGGGUUCCGGUUUGACGGCAAAAGGCGCUUCAAUUUUGACUGAUUCUCAAACGAAUUCGAUACAUUUAUAAUAGGUUAUGUGAAGUCCUAAGAAUCUGGCUAACUGAUUUCGAAAUCCUCACAACAGCAAAAAUAAAGUUUUAUGAUGCAAAAGAUGUCAUUUUGAUGAAUAAACCCUGAUUAAAAAAAUGUGGAUAACUUCCUAGAUAA